CGCAGCUGGUGCUCCUUUGAUGCCACUGACUGAGGAGAUUAAUUCACACACACAACAAUAACGCAGUAAUGAUGUUUCUGCUGAGAUUGAGUCUGUGUCUGCUGGGGAUCGUCAAUGGAAUUGUCCACGAAACCUCGAAAACAAAUAUGGACAUUAUUGCAAAUAUGGAGACUAAUUUAGUGCAAGGACAAACGAAACUGAACGAGAUGUUUCGGGAGGUGGAGGAACUGAUGGAGGACACGCAGCAGAAAUUAGAGGACGCGGUGCAUCAGAUGGACAAUGAGAGUGCAAAAUCAAGCCUCAAUCCACACAAUGUCUCUUCACACCUCCAGAAUGAAAGCAGUAUUGAAAUCACUGCUGGGAAUCAAUCCAUGUAUAUUAUUGAGAGAACCAACAAGACAACAGACAAUGCAACUGAAAUGGCAAACAUCUCCAAAACCAUACAAUCCAGUGGUAAAGAGAAUGGUAUUGAUCAUGAGUGUGUAAUUGAUGAAGACUGUGAGAAGGGCGGGUAUUGUCUCUAUGAGACUCACAGCUCAAAGUGUCUGCCCUGCAAACAGCUUGAUGCGACAUGCACCAAAGAUGAAGAAUGUUGUGCCGGACAGCUGUGUGUGUGGGGUCAGUGCUCAAACAACAGCACAAAGGGAGAAGCAGGAACUAUCUGUCAAUACCAAAGUGACUGUAAAGAAGAGCUCUGCUGUGCCUUCCAUAAAGCUUUGCUAUUCCCAGUGUGCAGCUCUAAGCCAUUAGAACGUGAGCGUUGCAUCAUUUCAGCCAAUCACCUGAUGGAGCUGCUGUCAUGGGAUAUGGAGGGGGAGGGUCCUCAAGAGCACUGUCCUUGUGCUGGUGGCCUGCAGUGCCAGCAUCGUGGGCGAGGUGCACUGUGCCUGAAGUAUCAGAACUCCAGUGAGGAGGACCUAACUGACGCCCUGUACUCUGAGGUUGACUACAUUGUCUAGUGAGAAUUGGCCUGAUUUGACAGUCAGAUGGAGAGGAGAUUGAUAAGGAAUAUGUAUGCUUCAUCAUUACCUUCAAAAGCUUUGUAGAAAACUCCUUAACCAUAAUCAUCCAAACACAGGCUAAACUAAAUACAGCUGUGGAUAAAAGUGCUAAGUGCUGCCUCUGAACACAGCAGAAGGUAAUUUGCAGAAGGCCUAAAUCUAAAGGGGUGUUCACACUCGCAGCGAUUUGCAGCGACAGUUGGAAAUUUGAGGUGGCGCAAGUAGCAGUGACAAAUAGCAAUGCGAUGUUGGUAUGUCAAGCGAUAAAGUUGAGAAAAGUUUUACUUUAUGCAAAUAAGUGGAAACACAAUGCAGCAACUACCAACAGGAGUAAAGACAUUGGAGCUCACAUGAUCCGUCUCCUGUUAGGUUUUGUAGUCAAGUCAAGUGAAAUGGAAAAGUUAACUGAAACUGAGCAAUUUCCCUGUUUUAUAUAUAAUAAAAAGUAUACGUGGAGAACUCAAAAAGUUGUCAAUAUUCCAAGUUUAAUUCAUGCACUGAUAAUCGUAUCAUCCUUAAAUGAUACAUUAUGCACUGCUGCGACUUAAAUGCAAAUGCUUUCCCUUGAUUUGUUGUCAAAGUAAAAUAAUAUCUUAUUUUUGCUGGCAAUACAUCACAAUUGUGAUCAGAUACAAACAAUAGAGCAACUUGGCAACCUCCAACAAUAAAAUCGCUGUCAGUGUGAACAAGUGUGAAGUUUUGAGCAUUGGAUUAAUAGCGUACAGUGCAAAUGUUGCAAGACUAAAUUUUUGGAGGCAAAUAAAAGGGACGUCUCUGAAAUCCAAUCCAUCUUUGAUGAGUGUGUACUAGUUAAAUUGAUCAACCCAUCCAAUAAUCUUGCAAUCAUGUUAUUUCCCCAGACAAAUGAACUCAAACUCUAUACAGAAAAUAAAAAGUCGUAAAACUUGCAAGUGUUGUUUUUCUUUUCUUUCACAUUUGUCAUCGGAGUCAAUAUGUGCUUUUAUCAGAUUUUUAACUUAAAUUUUAAAGAGGUCAUAUCAUGCAUUUAUUUAUAUAUAUAUUCUCCUAAAGUCCACAUAAACUUUUUUUUUACCAAAAACAGUCAAAGAAAGUUUUUUAGGCCCAUUUUCCACCAUGUCUCUGAUUUGUAGAAUUAAACAGGCCAUUUUUUGCUGCCAUGCCUUUUUUUUAAUGUGAAAUGAGAAAGGGCUGCAGAUUAACUGUCGGGUCCAAUAUAGUUUUAUGAGGUUUCCCACAUUUUACUCGUUUCUACUUAUGCUUGUUAUUAAUAAAGGCCCCGAUAUACUUCCGGAGAAGUUAUCCUGCGUUCUUCGUUAAAGGGUAAAAAUUAGAUCUAAACAGCCGAGCAACGGUAUACUGUUUGCAAACAUUCAGACACCCGCCACAUCCCGUUUAGAGGGACAUUUAAAUAUGAGGACACUUAAGUGCUAAUGUGAAACUAAAAUGGGUUAUCAAUGACUUAAUGCUUCAUUCUAUGAGUAGAAUUCACAAGAGGUUAGUAAAUGAAGCUGUUUUAACCACUCGAUGAUGAUUUACUUUUUUUUGAUUGACUGGCGGUCAAAAGUUUGGAAAAAUGUACAGAUUUUGCUCUUAGGGAAAGAAAUUGGUACUUUCAUUCACCAAAGUGGCAUUCAACUGAUAACAAUGUAUAGUCAGGACAUUAAUAACGUGAAAAAUUACUUUUACAGUUUGGAAACAAAUGUUUAGAACUUCUUAAACUACUUCAAAGAGUUCUCAUCAAAAAAUCCUCCAUGUGCAGCAAUGACAGCUUUGCAGAUCUUUGGCAUUCUAGCUGUCAGUUUGUCCAGAUACUCAGGUGACAUUUCACCCCACACUUCCUGUAGCACUUGCCAAAGAUGUGACUGUCUUGUCGAGCACUUCUCACGCACCUUACAGUCUAGCUGAUCCCACAAAAGCUCAAUGGAGUUAAGAUCCAUCACACUCUUUUCCAAUUAUCUGUUGUCCAAUGUCUGUGUUUCUUUGCCCACUCUAACAUUUUCUUUUUGUUUUUCUGUUUCAAAAGUGGCUUUUUCUUUGCAGUUCUUCCCAUAAGGCCUGCACCCGAGUCUUCUCUUUACUGUUGUACAUGAAACUGGUGUUGAGCGGGUAGAAUUCAAUGAAGCUGUCAGCUGAGGACAUGUGAGGCAUCUAUUUCUCAAACUAGAGACUCUGAUGUACUUAUCCUCUUGUUUAGUUGUACAUCUGGCCUUCCACAUCUCUUUCUGUCCUUGUUAGAGUCAGUUGUCCUUUGUCUUUGAAGACUGUAGUGUACACCUUUGUAUGAAAUCUUUUCAAGCAUUGUACAGCCUUCAUUCCUCAAAACAAUGAUUGACUGAGGAGUUUCUAGAGAAAGCUGUUUCUUUUUUUGCCAUUUUUGACCUAAUAUUGACCUUAAGACAUGCCAGUCUAUUACUUACUGUGGCAACUCAAAAAAAAAAACACAAAGACAAUGUUAAGCUUCAUUUAAUGAACCAAAUAGCUUUCAACUGUGUUUGAUAUAAUGGCAAGUGAUUUUCUAGUACCAAAUAAGCAAUAGCAUGAUUACUCAAGGAUAAGGUGUUGGAGUGAUGGCUGCUGGAAAUGGGGCCUGUCUAGAUUUGAUCAAAAAUGACUUUUUUCAAAUAGUGAUGGUGCUGUUUACAUCAGUAAUGUCUUGACUAUACUUUGAUCAGCUGAAUGCCACUUAGGUGAAUUAAAGUACCAAUUUCCUUCCGAAAUAGCAAAAUCUGUACAUUAUUCCAAACUUUUGGCUGCAAGAGUAUAUACAGUAAAUAAUGUUUAAUUUAUCUUGUUUGCAUUCUGAAUUUAUGACGCUAAUGUGCUGACAGGAUAUACGCUGUCAUAAUAUGAACUGAUUACACUCUGUUAUUGUUAUUUAUGACACUGAUACUACUGCAAAGAUGGGUGUAUAAAGAGUGUUAAUGGGCAAAAUACAGACAAAAGAAUGAUGAGGGACAUAUCUUACCAUGGGCAGAUGUGUGAAUGGCUUUUGCUGCAGAUGACACGAGUGAAUGCGCACUUGAGAGUAUUUGAGUAGAUUUUUUUGUAGCUCAAUUAAACCAAAAAAAUUACGUUAUUGGAAAAUGUCUCGAAUGUAUGCUAACGAUCGUACAGAUGUAGGUAAAUUUGCACCACUUUACCCAAUGAAUGCAAAAACACCUUUUUGGCUAGAUUUUGAUCUAAAUGACAUCACACCCAUUCGUUCUUCGAUUUCGUAGAAAGUAUAUCUGGGCCUUAAAAGUAUCUAUUCUUCUGAUAUCCUUAAAAAUGUAAGUACUUCAGAAUGAGCUGUUUGCAGCUCAAUUUCAAUAAAUGCCCUUUUUGGCCUGGGCUAAAGUUUUGAGAUCUAAAACUUACAGUAUGUAUUUAUAG